GGUGUGAUUGGUCAAUGAAUCACUAUCACGUGGAAUUCACGUGCACCUAAUGAGUCAAAGCACAAAAGUCAUAUCCAGGCAGAAAGAGGUAGUCGUCAGUUCUGCUUCGACUUUGGCGAAGAUAAGACGUUUUUGGAUCGUAUGUAUCGCAAGCAUCAGCAGGAAAUCAUGGCAGCCGAAACCGAGGACAACAUCAUCACGCGCGUGGGGAGCCUCCCGUUGGUCAGCGCCUCCGUGACCCAGGUCACCAACAUCUACAGCGCGGGAAAGGAGCGCUACCCGCUGGUCAAGUACGUUGGUGAGAUGGCGGAGAAGACCGUGAUGUAUGCAGCCGACACUGCAAAACCGGUCGUGAACAAGCUGGAACCACAGAUUGCCGUGGCUAACAGCUAUGCAGUGGCCGGCCUGAACAAACUGGAGGAGACUGUCCCCAUCAUCACCAGGGAGCCGGGCGUGAUCGUUGGCGACACCAAGCAGGCUAUCACCUCCACGGUGUCGGCCACGGGCGAGCGCAUCAUGAACAACCCCGUGGGCCGCGUGGUGAAGAGCGUGUCGGACACCGCCCUGGCCACCGCCGAGAGUUACGUGGAGUACUACCUGCCUCCGGAGAAGAAGGCAAUUGAAGAAGAGGGUAAGGAGAAGGAGGGAGAGGGUGAGGAGAAGGCAGUGGUCCCCGCAGAGGAGGGUACCCCCACCCUGACCCGGGUCACCACCCUGACAGGGAAGGUGCGUCGCCGCGUGUACACCCGCGCCAUGACCAAGCUCAAGGACGUCCAGGUCCGCUCACAGGAGGCCCUCAGCAACCUGCACUUCACUGUCGACCUGAUCCAGUAUGCUAAGGAGAACAUUGACACGGCAGGUGACCAGGUGAAGGAACGUCUGACAGCGGCGCAGGAGAAACUUCAGGCCACCUGGGGAGACCUUCUUGCUGAGGAAGAGGGGGAGGUGCCUCAGGAGGAGAGGACUGUUGAGCGUCGGGUUGUGCGUGUGGCAGGCCGCCUGACCGGACACCUGUCUGACCUGGCUGGGAAGGCGGUUGACACCGCCCACUCCGUACUGCCGCAGUCAUUCCAGGACCAGCUGCACAAUGUGAGGCAGACCGUGGACAGCAUGUACGGGGAGUUCAAGGAGGCCAAGAGUUUUAGUGACCUGCCGACCGAGCUUCUGGAGAAGUCGCGGGAACAGAUCCAGAACCUGGCGGGCGUGGUCACCUCGGUUACGGAGUACAUCGUGGCCAACACGCCUAUCCAAUGGGUGGCUCCGGGAGAAGAGCUGGAUGACCUGACCCUGGAGGCUGACCCAGGAGAGGAGUCAGAGGGGGAGGAGGAAAUGGACCAGGAUGAGACACUGGAGAUGGAGCCAGUUGUGGCACCUGAUAUGUAACUCCCAGUCAGUAUUGCUACGGUCACAAUUGCAAAAAAUGGGCUCUGUUGGGAAGUAAAUGGGCUGUUUUGUUGCACUUUCGGGCAUGCCCCCUAUGGCCCAGUUUACACGAGGCAAAAAAAGGACUCGUCCUAUAAAUGAACUCCUACGUUUGAUGCUAGGACACAUUUUUGCCUGUAUAAAAAUGAAAAUGACGCGCUGCAGUGUGGCACCUCUGAACGUUGUAGGACAUUUUUAGGACAAGUCAUUUUCUUGCCUCGUGUAAACUGGCCCUAUGUUGUCCCGUGGGACACCCUGCAGCUAUAUUUUGGCACGGCAUUUUUAAAACUUUGAGUUAAGAUAAACCCAGGACCUGGUGACACCAAUGAUACUCCACAUUAUGUCAUACCUAUGACGUGAAAACGUUCGAUACGGGUGUUCCGGACCGGGCCGUACGCUUCCGUAUCGCACAGGUUCAAAAGGCGUAUCACACAGGCUCCAUUCGAGUAAA